AUGGCUUCGACAAUGCAGAACGCGCCGGCCGUUCAACAGCCUGGCUCAUCUUUGCCUAAUGAGAUGAACCCGCAAGUACAAGUUUUGUUCCAGAGAUAUAAACAAAUGAAAGAUCAAGGCGUGUCAGAAAAAGAUCCUGAAUUCAUAAAGGUCCACCAAACUCUCUCCAACUUUCGCAUGCAUCGUCAGAAAGCUGUAUAUGCACAACAGCAACAGCACUUGAUGCAACAACAAAAUGCAAAUAGUGUGGCGGCAAAUGGUUCAAAUCUAACUCGGCCUCCCUCUACUCCCAGUUCGAUCUCCGGCGCGCAAAUACCUGCUCCAUCCUCACUUGGUCCCUCGGCGAUUCCCGCAACUGCGACAGGUCCUCCCGCACCCAAAGCAGCGGCUGGCUCCCAGAAACCAACUGGAAUGGGCUCCGGCUAUUUCUCGCCAGAACAAUUGAGCAUGUUGAAGCACCAGAUUUAUGCCUUCAAGUGUCUGUCGAAAAACUUGGGGAUCCCCGCACAAACUCAGCAGCAACUAUUUGCGUCUCAAAAGAAGCUACCCACGCCCAUCGAACAAGCACUGGCCACCCCUCAACCAUCCGGUGAGGAUGCACAGCCUGCCACCAAUGGAGUAGAAACUGCCGCAGCUCAAAAAGUCGAGGGACCCAAAGUUCACGUAUAUACCGGAUUCCACGACCCGCGCGGGGGGCUUUUGAAAAAAAUUGGCUAUGGCACCUAUAAGACACCAGAACAACGACUAAUUAUCCCAUCUAUCUUUCCAACCGGUGUCAAUGUUGAGAAACUUUGCCAGAGACGAGCCGACAUUAUCCACAACCGCAUGAAUGCUAGGCUCAACGAGUUGAGAUCAUUGCCUGCAAACAUUGCCCAUGUAGAUGCACGGGACGAUGAAAUGGUGCCAGAUGGCACUCUCAGGCUCAAGGCUGUGAUCGAGAUGAAGAUGUUAGCACUUUACGACAAACAGAAGGCAUUGCGCGAGAGAGUCGGUAGGCAGAUGAUCCAAUAUGAUAACCUAGCGAUGACGGCCAACAGAAGCAUUUAUCGCCGUAUGAAGAAACAAUCGCUCCGAGAAGCUAGGAUUACCGAAAAAUUGGAGAAGCAGCAACGCGACGCUCGUGAGACUCGCGAGAAGAAGAAACACACCGAUUAUCUACAAACAGUCCUCAAUCAUGCUCGUGAGGUCAACUUAGCUGGUCAGAAUCAAAGACAGAAGAUGGUUAAAUUGGGCCGUAUGAUGGUGACUCAACACCAAAAUAUCGAGAAGGAAGAACAAAAGCGUGUCGAGCGAACAGCAAAGCAGCGUCUCGCAGCUUUGAAAUCGAACGACGAGGAGGCAUACCUAAAGUUGUUAGAUCAAGCGAAGGAUACUCGUAUCACUCACUUGCUCAGACAAACAGAUGGUUUCUUAUCUCAACUCGCUGCAUCCGUCAAGGAGCAACAGCGCAAAGCAGCAGAGCGCUAUGGUGAUGAGCAUGGAGAUUUUGAGGAGGAUGAGUCUGAAGAAGAUGAUGAAGAAGAACAAGAUACACGCAAGAUCGACUACUAUGCCGUCGCCCAUCGCAUCAAGGAAGAAGUCUCCAAACAACCUAACAUUCUUGUUGGUGGUACCUUGAAGGAAUACCAAUUGAAGGGUUUGCAAUGGAUGAUUUCGUUGUACAAUAAUAACUUGAACGGUAUCUUAGCAGAUGAGAUGGGUCUGGGUAAAACUAUACAGACCAUCAGUCUGAUCACAUAUUUGAUCGAGACCAAAAAGCAGAAUGGUCCCUUCUUGGUUAUUGUUCCCUUGAGUACGCUGACAAAUUGGACUCUUGAGUUCGAAAAGUGGGCGCCGUCGAUUGGAAAGAUCGUUUACAAAGGACCCCCAAACACAAGAAAGCAACAGCAAAACCACAUUCGUUACGGAAACUUCCAAGUCCUUUUGACUACCUACGAGUAUAUCAUCAAGGAUAGGCCAAUUUUGAGUAAGAUCAAAUGGGUACAUAUGAUCAUUGAUGAAGGUCAUCGUAUGAAGAACGCACAGUCGAAGCUCAGUGCUACUCUCACACAAUAUUACAGUACUCGUUACCGUCUAAUUCUUACUGGUACUCCUCUCCAGAACAAUUUACCAGAACUUUGGGCAUUGCUCAAUUUCGUUCUUCCAACCAUCUUCAAGUCUGUUAAAUCUUUCGACGAAUGGUUCAAUACUCCAUUUGCCAACACUGGUGGUCAAGAUAAGAUGGAGCUUACCGAGGAAGAACAAAUUCUCGUAAUCAGACGUCUGCACAAAGUUUUACGACCUUUCUUGCUUCGUCGUCUUAAGAAAGAUGUCGAAAAGGAUCUUCCCGACAAGACCGAAAAGGUCAUCAAGUGUAAAUUCUCGGCUUUGCAAUCCCGCCUCUACAAACAGAUGGUUACCCACAACAAGCUGGUUGUCAGUGAUGGCAAAGGAGGCAAGACUGGAGCUAAAGGUUUGAGCAACAUGAUCAUGCAGUUGCGAAAGCUUUGUAAUCAUCCUUUCGUGUUCGGCGAAGUUGAAGAUCAAAUGAACCCUACCAAUAUGGUUAACGAUACUUUAUGGCGAAGCGCAGGCAAGUUCGAGUUGCUCGACCGCAUUCUGCCAAAAUACCAAGCAACUGGACACAGAGUUCUGAUGUUUUUCCAAAUGACGGCCAUUAUGGACAUCAUGGGCGAAUUUUUAAACUAUAGAGGCAUUAAGUUUAUGAGAUUAGAUGGAACGACAAAAUCUGAUGAUCGUUCUGAACUUCUCAAGCAGUUUAAUGCACCGAACUCGCCAUUCUUCAUUUUCUUGCUUUCAACUCGUGCGGGAGGUCUAGGUUUGAAUUUGCAGACUGCUGACACUGUGAUCAUCUACGAUUCGGAUUGGAAUCCUCAUCAAGAUUUACAGGCUCAGGACCGUGCUCAUCGUAUUGGUCAAAAGAAUGAAGUCCGUAUUCUUCGGCUUAUCAGUUCCAAUUCGGUCGAGGAAAAGAUUUUGGAAAGAGCAAAGUUCAAGCUCGAUAUGGAUGGCAAAGUCAUUCAAGCUGGUAGAUUCGACAACAAGUCAUCUGAGACGGAUCGUGAUGCAAUGCUUAGGGUUAUGUUGGAAACAGCUGAAGCCGCUGAGUCUUUGGAGCAAGACGACAUGGAUGAUGAAGAGCUCAAUGAGAUCUUGGCACGUUCUGAUGAUGAGAUUGUCAAGUUCAGAGAAAUGGAUGAAGAACGAAAUAAGAACCUGCUAUACGGCAUUAACCCUCAAAGCCAGCGUAUUCCUCGCCUCAUGGCGGAAAGUGAGCUUCCUGGCAUAUACAUGUCGGACGGAAAUCCCAUAUCGGACGAGCCCGAGGCACCACAAGGUCGUGGUGCAAGAGAGCGCACUCGCGUCAAGUACGAUGAUGGUCUCACGGAGGAGCAAUGGACUAUGGCUGUGGAUGACGACGAGGAUUCUCCAGAAGCUGCAGCAGCUCGUAAAGCAUCUCGGGCGGAUCGCCGUGAACGAAAUAAGGCAAGAAAGGCUGGACAACUGAAUGGCCCCCUUUCGCCAGCUGGCAGUCGCGAUAGCUCCGAAGAUCCUGAGCCUGAGGAGCCUGAGCCUGAGCCUGAGCCGACACCCAAGAAGGGACGUGGUCGCAAACCAGGAGUCAAGAUUGAGAAACGCAAGGCCGAAGAGUUUGAAGAUGAACCUCCGCCAAAGCGAAAGCGUGGUGGUCCUGGACGCCCACCGAGGUUUCCCAACGGAGAUAUCUUGACACCUAAGAAUCGCAUGACUCUUCAGGCGAGUCUGAAGAUUGUCUUUGAUCAUUUGAUGCAUCUCAAAUCUCUGCCUGAAUCUCCAGACUCACAAGGAGAGCAAACCACACGCGAGAUCAUAUUCCCAUUUGUUUCCUUGCCAUCGAAGAAAGACUUCCCAGAUUACUACAUGAUUAUUAAGGAACCAAUUGCCAUGAAGCUCAUCGAGAAGAAAAUCAAUAAGAGAGAAUACAACAGUCUUCAGGAUUUCAAGAAAGACAUCGACACUCUCUGCACCAAUGCCAAGACAUACAACGAGGAUGGCAGCUUGAUCUAUGUCGAUGCUGUCGCAAUUAGCGAGGAGUGCGAUUCUCGGGUUCAAGACGAAAUUCACGAGCAUUCGGAACUUAGUGCUGAGGGUGAUGAGGCUUCACGAAACGACGGCUCGACGGCUCCUACUACGAAUGCUGGUACUCCUAUGCCGGCGCCGGGACCAAGCACAAAGUUGAAGCUUACAUUCAAUAAGCAACCCAAUGGCAGAAGUAGCAGUAUUCAAAGUGACGAUGAUGACGAUGAUGACAUUGUCUUGAAUAUCCGUAUUCAAAGGCUUUCCAUUGCAUACGACAGAACAUAUCAGCUUAAGCUCUUCGAUUGCGCCGACUGUCUCCCCUCUUCAAAUACUUCACGACGCGCAGGAAAGCAAGCCAACGUCAUGUCUGCGAUCAAGAAUGGCCACGUCAAUGGCGGCGCAAAUGGUUAUGAUGCUGGGAAUUCGAUUGAAAGAAUGAUUAGCAAACGAUUUUCCGACAUUCCCUCAGCUAUCGAUAUUCCAGUGACUGGAGAAGAUGAUGAUCAGGCAGUUGAAAUUGAUCUCGAAGAUCUACUGGACGACCCUACCGAAUUAUGCACAUUACUCGAAAACGAAGGCGCGGCUCGCACAUAUUGGAUGACGGUUGCAUUGGCAUACGCGAAACAGAAGAAGGUUGAUCAUGCUAUUGAGAUGUUGACAAAAGGCCAGACUGCUAUGCGCGGCGGUAACAAGGAGAGACUCAGUAUGCUUACAUGUUUAUGCUGGAUGUACCUCUGGAAAAGUAAGGAGGCACCUCGCCAUCGGCCAGAUAGCGUGGAGGAUGGAGAUGAGAUAAAAACGAAAGAAGAUUGGUUGAAGAUGGCGACGUCGAAUUUGAACGAUGCUUCCCGUAUCAAUCCAGCCUUUCCACCCCUCUUCCUAGCUCGAGGUGUCUUGCAGCUCCUCCGAGCUUCUACUCGGCCCUUUCCCAAGAAUAACACAGCGCCCGGCGCACUGGAUCCUGAGAAGGCUGAGCUUCUGCGGGGAGCCCAAAAGUCAUUCGAGGAUGCAAUCAAAGCUUCGCAUGGCAGGAAUAUGCUGGCAGUAUUGGGUAAGGCGAGAGCGGCAUACUCAAUGGGCAAAUACGCAGAGGCUUUGGAGGGAUACCAAGAAGCAUUGCGAUCAAUGCCAGAUCUAGUAGACCCUGAUCCAAGAAUUGGAAUAGGCUGUUGUUUCUGGCAAUUGGGCUUCAAGGAUGAUGCGAAGGCGGCUUGGGAACGAUCGUUAGAAAUCAAUCCAGAUUCGAAGGUCGCAAACAUAUUACUCGCUCAGUUCUACCUCGAUCAAAGCGCACAUGUACCAACGAACAGUCCCGAAUUCAUUCAAUUAUACAAGAAGGCCAUGACUGAGUAUACCCAGAAAUCCUACAAAGUAGACAAAGAUAUGCCUUUAACUUGUGCUACUUUUGCUGGCUACUUUUUGUCACGGAAAUCGAUGCCAAACGUCGAAGCUCUAGCCCAAAAGGCGAUUCAAUACACAGAUGUCAAUGCGAUUGCAAGUGAUGGAUGGUACUUGCUUGCGAGGAAAGAACACUUCGAUGACAAUUACGAGAAGGCUCUUGAUUACUAUGGGCGGGCUGAUGAUGCGCGUGGUGGUGUUGACAGAGGAUACAUGCCUGCUAAGUUUGGAGCUGCGCAAUUGUCCGUACUGAAAGGCGACUUCGGCGAAGCAAAAUUGCGACUCGAGAAAAUAAUUCAGCAAUCCAAGAACAUUGAGGCAAUGAUUUUGUUGGGAACCUUGUAUGCGGAAGAAGUAUUCAGCAGCCAGGAAAGUGGUGUCAAGGAAGACAAAACCACAGAAUUCAAGAAAGCUAUUGGUUAUCUUGAGAAUGUCCGUACAGCAUGGAAAGACCCUAAGAAGAAUCUUGUGCCUGAUGCGUCGGUUCUUCUCAACCUUGCGAGGCUCUACGAAACAGAACAACCCGACAAAAGUUCGCAAUGCCUUCAACAAGUCGAGCAAAUCGAAUUUGAUCAAAUCCCAGCUGCAGACAAACCCGAGCAGACGGACGAUGAGGUCGCAUACAAAAACGCUAUGCGCGAAAAUCUACCCCCCCAAUUACUGAACAAUAUGGGAUGCUUCUAUUAUCAAUCCGAGAAAUACGACCAAGCUCGCGAAAUGUUUCAAGCUGCAUUAAACGCUUGCGUCAAAGCUGGUGAAAAGCUUGAAGGUAUGGACACUGAUGCACUGGUCACUACUAUCAGUUUCAAUCUCGGACGAACGUAUGAGGCCAGUGGAAUGCCUGAUGAAGCCAAGACGGUUUACGAAGGACUGUUGGGUCGUCACAGUGAUUAUACUGAUGCUAGAACACGUUUGGCAUAUAUCGCACUGCGUCGGGACCGACAAGAAGAAGGACCCAAAGCCGUGUCUACCUUGUACAAAGAGUCUUCGGCCGACCUCGAGGUCCGAGCAUUGUACGGUUGGUAUCUGGGACGCAUGCAUUCUCGGAAGAAGUCGAGCAAUAUUAAUGAGGAUCCAGAAUAUCGUCACUACAAGCAUACUUUGCAACAGUAUGACAAACAUGAUCGAUAUGCUUUGAUAGGUAUGGGUAACAUCAAUCUUAUGGCCGCUCGCGAGAUGCGUCGUGAUACCGAAUCAGACAAGCAAGCGCGGAGCAAAAUCUACACGAAGGCGGUUGAGUUUUUUGACAAAGCUUUACAACUGGACCCCAAGAGCGCUUAUGCUGCUCAGGGCGUUGCAAUUGCACUCGUCGAAGACAAAAAGGAUUUCAAGACUGCCCUUUCUAUCUUUGUGAAAGUACGAGACACAGUCAGGGACCCAAGUGUCUUCAUCAAUCUCGGACAUAUUUUUGCAGAGUUACGACAGUAUUCUAAGGCCAUUGAGCAUUAUGAAUCUGCCUUGACGAAAGAUCGAGCUCACGAUAGUCAUAUCUUAACUUGUCUGGGACGAACCUGGCUGUCGAAAGGAAAAGCAGAGAAGAGCUUAUCGGCGUUCAAAAGUGCUCUUGAUUACUCAGUGCAGGCUCUUGAAAUUACACCUGAUCAAGUUCACUACAAAUUCAACGUUGCAUUUGUACAACUUCAAUUGGCGACAACGAUUUACAGCUUACCAGAAACUCAAAGAUCCCUCGAAGAAGUCAAAAGUGCAGUAAAGGGUCUAGAAGAUGCCAUUGAAGCUCUCGACGCAAUUGCCCAACAUCCUAGUCCACCGUACCCUAAACACGAUAUCGAGCAACGAGCCAACAUGGCACGAAAUACGAUGCGUCGUCAAUUAGAACGUUCAAUGCAAGCCCAGAAGGAAUAUGAGGAAAAGAAUGCCUCCAAAAUACAGGCAGCCAAGGACCAGAGAGAGGUUGAAUUGAGAAGAAGAGAAGAAGUGCGUGAGGCAGCUGAAAAGGCCGAACGUGAACGCAAAGCAAAGAUUGCCGAGGAGCGACAGAAGAUUUCCGAAAAGGAUCGUGAACUGGCACAGGCUAGAGCGGCUGAUGAUAUUGCUAGGGAAGCAGCGGAAAUGACGACGGAUAGUGAAACGGGUGACAAAGUGAAGAGAAAGAAGGUUCCCAAGGGUAGAUCGGGUGGUGGGAAACGUAAGAAGAAGGAUGAUGGAAUUACGGAUGACGAUGAUUCAGGUGCUGAGGAGGGAGGCCGAUCACAAAGGAGAAGUAGAAAGGCGAGGAGAGGCAGUGGAAGUGAGGAAGAGAAACCAAAGACGAAGAAGAGGAGGUUGGCUAAGAAGGGGGCGGAAAAGAAGAAUGAUAAAUAUCUGAGUAAUGAGAUUGUGGUGGAGAGUGAUAGUGAUGGUGACAAUGGGGCUGAGGAGGCGAGGAAAGCCAUGGAGGGAGAGGCUGGAGAGGAUGACGUUGAGAUGGAGGGGGUUCCUACGAGUCAGAUUACUGCCGGAGGUGGUGAUAGUGACGAGGAGGAACAAGUCAUCAAGACUACGAGGAAAAGUCGAAGAGGCGUCAUUGAAGAUGAUGACGAGGAUGAUGAUAAUGCCAAUGCCGCGACUAAUGAUGGUCCUGCUGGUCCUUCUGGUCUACAAGAAGACUCUCCGGGCACAGUAAACGAAGAUGGCGAUACCCCGAUGGCGGGAAUUGGGGCAGGAGAUGAGGAUGAUGAGUAG